AUGUAAGCACUUUCGUAGGUUCCGUUGCCAUAGAUGAUGUGAUGACAGCUGAAUGUUCGAUGCCAACAACUGUAACCACAGUUGGACGCUAACAUUGGAUGCUAAAAACAAUGGCUAUGUAUCCAAGCUAGCUAGCAAGCUAUUGGUUUGUUUGCAAGGAAGUUUUGAGCCAGCUAACUGUUUCUUAAGGGCAGGGAGAUGGCAGAGACAGGUGAUGGCAAGAAGGAAGAAGCCGACUACAAGAGACUCCACAGUUUUCCUCUCAUCAGGCAUACAGAUAUGCCAGAGGAGAUGCGAGUUGAGACCAUGGAGCUGUGCGUUACUGCCUGUGAGAAGUUUGCCACCAACAACGAGAGUGCAGCGAAGAUGAUAAAGGAGACGAUGGAUAAGAAGUUUGGCAGCUCGUGGCACGUGGUCAUCGGCGAGGGUUUCGGCUUCGAGGUCACGCACGAGGUCAAGAACCUGCUCUACAUGUUCUUCGGCGGGAGCCUGGCCGUGUGUGUGUGGAAGUGCUCCUAGCACACGCACACACACACACACACACACACACACACACACACACACACACACACACAAAACCUUCCCAAAAUCAGCAGGUCCCCAUUCUCUUCGAUUGUCACUAUAUACUGUAUACAAAAACACACCGCGCACACACUUAGACGUCAGCCUAAUAAACACGUCACACAACCAUGAACACAGACUGUGAAGCCUCUAAACACACACACACACACACACACACACACACACAUACACACACACCCUGUGGUCAGGGCAGAAGACACACCACUGCACAGCCCGUGGGCAUGAAGUGUGUGCUCAGUCUGAAAUGAUAUACAGUCCCUGCUAUGCAGUCCCUUUCCCUGCCUGCUUAAGUGUCUGUUGAUUUGUGAGUAACUGACUGACUGAGAGUGUGUGUUGAUUUGUGAGUAACUGACUGACUGAGAGUGUGUGUGUGUGUGUGAGAGAGAGAGAGAUAAUACGUGUGUGUGUGUGUGAGAGAUAAUGCAUGUGCGUUUGUGUGUGCUCCUCUUUAAAAAUACACCUCAAUCUGUGUCUUUGAGUCUCUGUCUGUCGCCUUUUCGCCCUGUCUCUCUCGCUCUCAUCUAUCUGUCAUAAUCCAUCUCUCCAUCUUUUCCUCAUUCUAUGAUUCUCAUCCCCGCUCUCUUCAUCACCCUCUUUCUUCCUUUCUUCCGCUCUCUCUCUUCCAUCUCUCCUUCCUCUUUGGCACACUCUGUGUGCUCCCACCAUCUGUUACAAUCCCUUUCUCCUUUUCUGCCUUUCUCUCUUUUUCUGCCCUUUUCACUUUCUUUUUUUGGGAUAUAACGUUUACACCCCCUCCCACCCCCGUCCACCACCUCCCACGCCCGUCCACUGCAAUGCCCAGACUACAUCCUCUCCACCUCCGUCCACAAAGUCUCCUCUCCACUUCCGUCCUCUCCACCUCCGUCCACAAAGUCCUCCCAUCAAAAAUGCCACAGGGAUUUCUCAAUGUAAAUACUUGAAUACCAUUGUAUAAAAAAAAAAAAAUCUUUUUUUGUUUUUUUUCUCACACUAGAGAAGACAUUCCUAUUCUCUUUGUUCAUAUAUUUUGUAAGAAAAGGGCUCAACGUUUCAAAGAAUGCUUCGGUUCUUAAAUAAACAAAAGGUUGCAACUCCGCAGCUGAGACCACACUCCUCGCCUGCGUUCUACCCGCCCUUUAUAAUAUUGUCAUAAUAUGUAAUGAUAUUGUGUAACCUGUUGAGAGUGUCUUGAGUGUGACGUCAUUGCUGAAUGACAAAGAAUGUUUGCCACGUGGUUGCUGCGUGUGAAGAUGCAUGCUGGGAACACCUAAGACAUUUCCCAGAGUGCUCAGUGUCCUGCUGAGAGGGUUGACCAAUGGAAAGGAAGGAAGCAUUUGAAGCUGAUUUCAGAACAGCUGGAAGGACUGAACUGUAACAACUGCACCCAUGUCAGUUGACUAUAACUCUCCCACCAUCAGUACUGUAAGCAUCUCUGUCUCAUAGAACUGUUUCUGUCUCAGAACACACAAAUAAAGUGCCCUGUAAUGUUGUUCCACUGA